GGCGAAUGUCAUGAUGCAACCGGGCACUUUGGCUACAAGAAGACGAGUGCUAACUUAGUACAGCGAUUUUGAUGGCCUGGUAUGUUUGAUGUCGCGAAGAAGUACGUAGAGACCUGUCAGUUCUGUCAGCGGGACAAGCCGCGAACUCAAGCACCGCUUGGGUUGUUGAAGCCUUUGCCUAUCCCUGCUGGUCCAGGACAGAGUGUCUCCAUGGAUUUCAUGGACACCCUGGUGACUAGUAAGAGUGGCAAGAGGCACAUCUUCGUCAUCAUUGACCGAUUCACCAAGUACGCUAGACUAGUGGCUAUGCCAGAGACCUCAAGAACUGACUACGUCAUCAAGUUGUUCAAAGACAACUGGGAGAGGACGAUUAUUGUCAUCUUCCAAACGAAGGAUCAGACUCUUGGUCUAUCACUAAGGGAGCAACUGAUCCACAUUUACGAGGAUGGAUGGUAUCGGGAUCCAGCAAGGAAUCCGUCGGCAAAGAGUGGAAAAACGCACGGGGAAGGCCCUAACGUCAUGUCGUAUGUGGCAAGGUCUCUGGAGAUUGCCCGGUGGAUGACGAACGUUGGUGCUGCGGAGAUCCCGUGCAGAGGAGGCAGUUUCAAGGUGCUUUUUAAACCAUGGAUGAUGGGUGCCAAGCUGGAUGAUAUGAGGAACCAGGAGCAGGCUUCACGCUUCAGAUUGAUCGCCCUACUGGUCCCGUUGGUGGCGAUGUUUACGCUUCAGAUUGAUCGCCCUACGAGUCCCGUUGGAAAAGUGUUGAAGAUGCACCCGUCGGACAAGAAGGAGGAUGAACCCUCGCUGGGGAAUGUUAAAAUAGACUGUGAAUCGGGAGUUCGGGAUUCAUACAGAGAUUGGAUCUACGUUCGUAGCAAGGACGGCGCAGAUCUGGAGAUCAGGAUUGCCACAUAGGAGUCUCCCAUCUGCAACAAAUGCUUGUGGUGGUU